GUCAUAAGCUCAUAACUUAAUCCCAAAAACUUUGUAAAAGUCUACAUAUUCUGAUAUUCCUUUCCUCCCUCUUGCGUAUACUCCAGUCUCCAUAUAAUUAGUAAAAAAGAGAGAGAAAGAGUGAAGAAUGGCGUUCGCAUCAGUAGCAGCAGUGGCACCAUUAGUUGCAGGAAACAGCAUGAAAAUGGCGGCCACAACAACACAAGCAUAUCUUGAAAGCAAGCCAGUUCAAGAGUCAAAGGCCUUACUCACUGAACUCUGCCGCCAAUUCUAUCAUCUUGGUUGGGUUGGUGGCACAGGUGGCAGCAUCACUAUCAAAGUUCACGAUGAUUGCAUCCCUAAAACCCAGCAACUCAUUGUUAUGUCCCCUUCUGGGGUCCAGAAGGAAAGAAUGCUUUCAGAAGAUAUGUAUGUGCUCUCAUCAGACGGGUCCGUAGUAUCUUCGCCAAGUCCUAAACCAUACCCCCACAAGCCACCCAAGUGUUCUGAUUGUGGUCCUCUCUUCAUGAAGGCAUACCAGAUGCGAAGUGCGGGAGCUGUCAUACACAGCCACGGAAUGGAAAGUUGUCUAGUAACAAUGAUGAAUCCAACAUUAAAAGAGUUCCGAAUCACUCACAUGGAAAUGAUCAAAGGUAUUCAAGGGCAUGGCUAUUAUGAUGAGCUUGUGGUUCCAAUCAUAGAAAAUUCAGCCCAUGAGCGAGAUCUUACAGACUCUCUAGCUGCAGCUAUUGAAGCAUAUCCCAAAACUACUGCUGUACUUGUUCGGAACCACGGCAUUUAUGUGUGGGGAGAUUCCUGGAUCAGUGCCAAGACCCAGGCUGAAUGCUACCACUAUCUAUUUGAUGCUGCCAUCAAACUUUAUCAAAUGGGUGUUGAUUGGUCAACUCCUACCCAUGGUCCUCUAAGGAGCAUUCAAGGAGUUCCUAGAAGUGGUGAAAACAGAGCUAUAUCUGUGAAGGCUGGAACUUCUGGUUUGAACCCCGGGGAGCCAGUGCGACGCUGCAUUGUUCUUGACAUUGAAGGGACCACGACUCCAAUAUCUUUUGUUACUGACAUCCUUUUUCCAUAUGCUCGUGAUAAUGUUGGAAGGCAUUUGAGUUCUACAUAUGACUCUCCAGAAACUCAAGAUGACAUUAAGCUACUCCGUGCUCAAGUUCAAGAAGAUCUUGAAGCAGGCAUUGUUGGCGCUAUUCCAAUUCCUUCCAGUGACGAGGGUAAAGAGGAGGUUAUUGCAGCUUUGGUUGCUAAUGUGGAAGCUAUGAUUAAAGCUGACAGAAAAAUUACUGCAUUGAAGCAGCUGCAGGGUCAUAUAUGGAGAACUGGAUUCCAGAAUAAUGAGCUGGAGGGUGUAGUCUUUGAGGAUGUACCAGAAGCUCUUGAGAGGUGGCACACUUCAGGCAAAAAAGUUUAUAUCUAUUCCAGUGGCAGCAGGCUUGCACAAAGGCUUAUUUUUGGGAACUCCAAAUAUGGGGAUCUUAGAAAAUAUUUAUGUGGAUUUUUUGAUACCACAGUUGGGAACAAGAGAGAGACGAACAGUUAUGUCGAGAUCUCCCAGUGUGGGGUAGACGACCCAUCAGAGAUACUAUUUGUAACAGAUGUCUAUCAGGAAGCUACGGCAGCAAAGGCAGCUGGUCUUGAAGUUAUAAUUUCAGUGCGCCCUGGAAAUGGACCUCUUCCAGAGAAGCAUGGGUUCAAGACAGUGAAUUCAUUCUCAGAAAUAUAAAACUUCAACUUCUGUAAUCUUUCUGUGACAACUUUACAAUAAGGUAUGCUGUUAAUCUCAUUACUGUAGUUCCACUUUUGUUCGAAGGUGAACUAGGAUCAGAAUGAAUGAAAAAGCAUCAAUAGAUGUACAUUUGCCAUGAACCCCAGAGAUAAUUGCAAGUUGAUUCUCUGCCAUGUUGGUGUAAGCAGAUCUCUCGACCCUCCUUUGUAUGAAUCUUCAAUGUUCAAAAGAGCAACAGAUUACACGCAUCAACUUGUCGAAGAUUAUUAUGCUUUGCGUUUGCAGUUGUGAUCCUUUUGCUAGCCGACCCCAAGUUUUUUUAGUCAAUACCAACUUUAAAGUGAUAAUAGAUGAUAAUGAACAUUGACAUGUGUUUUACAUUAUAAAAUUACCUAUAAAUUAAUUACUAUUACCACAA